AUGAAGUUCGGCCACGUUUUCAAGCAGUGCCUGCGGAACGAGGGCUUCCCGCCCGAGUGGGUCGACUCGGCCAUCUCCUACAGCCAGCUCAAGAAGGUCAUCAACCGCCUGACCGACGAGCUGCAGCAGGUCGGCCUUGACCCCGCCACGCUGUCGAAGCUGCUGAAGCACGUUGAGGACUUCAAUGCCUCGGCCCAGGACGGCGACCAGGACCGCCCGUUCGAGUACAUUCUGAACGGCGGCGCCGAGGCGAAGAAGCUGUUCCACCCGAAACUGCUGUUCUACGUGAAUGAGAAGAACGGCGAUGUAGACAGUGCCAGCGUCGAUGAGGAGACCAAGCGCAAGCUCCAGAUGCUGGCCGUCGAGACCGGCAUGACCGACUUGAGGGUGUUUGAAGACGCCGAUUCGCAGAAAGCAGAGUCUGACAAGCCCGCACACGGCUCGCGGCCAGGCUACCGCACUGUGGAAGUGCCGCUCACCUCUGACACGGAGUUCUUCACGCGGCUCACCAGCGAAGUCACCGGGCUGGAGAAACUGCAAGAGCGCGAGGAGAAGCGCAUGCACGUGCAGAUCGAGUCGCUGGGGACGCAGAUUGCCAAACUGACCGACGUGAACAAGCGGUCCAACAAGAAAACCAUCACCGCGUGGCGCCAGGUGUUCCAGAUGUACAUCGAGGAGGGCAUCUUCUUCGGCACCACGGAAGCCGACCACAAGAGCCACGACGCGGACAAAGCGACCCAGCGACUCGCCCUCUUCAGCCACAAGAUCGCGCGCGCGGGGCUCGUCGAGAAGUUCAGAAAGGGCGACAACAUGGCCGCGCUCAACACCUUCAUGCACAUCAACCGCGAGAUCCUGCAGGGCCUGCGAUUCGGCGAGAUGAACCACGCGGCGAUGCUCAAGAUCCUGAAGAAGUUCGACAAGCGCACCGCGCUUGGCGUUAAGCGCUCGUUCCCGCGCCAGGUCGAGUACCCGGAGUUCAGCGAGCACCUGGCCAAGGCCGUGUGUGCGGAGGUCAACACGCGCAUCCUGAGCCACGUGCCGCAGCUCGACGACUACAGCUGCCCUAUGUGCUGCGAGAUCGAGUGGCGGCCGGUGAAGCUGUCGUGCGGGCACGUCUUCUGCAUCCGCUGUCUGAUUGUGAUGCAGAACAACAAGCAGCACAACUGUCCGUUCUGCCGCGCGCGGUCGGUGUUUGACGCCAAUUCUGACAAUCUCGACCAGGACCUCGCGGCCUUCCUGAAGAAAUGGUUCCCCGACGAAGUCAAAGCCAAGCAGCGCUACAACGAGCACAUGGCCGGCAUCGACCAGUACGGCGAAGUGUACGCGGAUCAAAAGUGCGUCGUCAUGUGACCUCCUUUCUUGAGCCGAGAGGUCGCUCCUCUUGCAUGGCGAGUGCUAAGCCUGUGUAGGUUUCUCCGCGGCGGGUCGUUGUGGUGAGUAGUGCAAGUAUUGGGUUGAGACUGUUGCUGAUGAAGUAGGCACAUGGUGUAGCAUUCCUAGAUGACUGGAAAGCGAGCAACGACCACGAUAUACGAUUACAAACUACGAGUACACGGCCACGACAUACGAUUACACAACUACGAGCACCACACACGACCCUAACCCAUCAACAGCAAA